AUGGUUGGUUCAACCGUGAAAUUACCCGAAGAGGAGAAUACGCCCGAGAAACGAGUGGAUCGCAUUUUCAAAAUGAUGGAUAAGGUUCAGUUCCAAAAAAAAAUCCUCCAACAAUUUCAUUAUUUCAAAACCCUUUCGGGAAUACCAUUGAAUUUUUGGUAUGUCACUUAA